AAUCAAUCUGAUUAUAAAAGAUAACAAUUAAUGUGAUACCGUCGUAAAGGUAUAAAUAUCGAGUGUUCGUAUCUCUUUUAUGUGUGAGGACUUUCUGAAGUGACGAGGUCAAAAUGCGUUUCGUAUUUGUGUGGCUAGCUAUCAUCGCUGCUGUUGCAGCCGUACCUAGGAACCCGCAGCGUAUCGUAGGUGGUUCAGUUACGAACAUCAACAGCUACCCAGAGAUCGCUGCACUCUUGUACUCAUGGAAUGGUGCCACCUACAGCCAAGCCUGCGGUGGAUCUAUCCUCAACAACAGAUCCAUCCUGUCUGCUGCUCACUGCUUUGUAGGUGACCCAGCCAACAGAUGGCGCGUUCGCGUUGGCUCUACCAACGCUAACAGCGGUGGUGUUGUUUACAAUGUCGCUUCCAUCAUCAACCACGGCAGCUACAACAGCUGGACCAACGACAAUGACGUCGCCAUCUUGCGUCUCUCCUCCAACCUUGCGUACACCAAUGUCAUUCAGCCUGCCAGCAUUGCUGGGUCCAAUUACAACCUCGCUGACAACCAAGUCGUUUAUGCCGCUGGAUGGGGUGCCAUAUCUGUUGGCGGUCCAGGCUCAGAACAGCUCCGUCACGUACAAAUCUGGACUGUAAACCAAGCGACAUGCAGAAACCGUUACGCUGAGCUCGGACUUACUGUGACCGACAACAUGUUGUGCUCCGGUUGGUUGGAUGUCGGCGGUCGCGACCAGUGCCAGGGUGACUCUGGCGGUCCCCUCUACCACAACAGAAUCGUCGUCGGUAUUUGCUCUUGGGGUACACAGUGCGCUCUCGCUCGCUACCCUGGUGUCAACGCUCGUGUAUCCCGGUUCACAACCUGGAUCCAGGCCAAUGCUUAAAUCGUGCCAUUGAAAUAUCUGCCCGGUCUAUGUUCAUUGUGAUAGCAAUAAAUAUAGACUAAACAGAUUACUUAUUAUUCAAUACUUUUUGGAAUUAUUAAUUAAUUAGUCAUUAAUUAAUUAAUAAUUAAUUAUUAUUUUACAAUGUUUUUUGUAAGAACAAUUAAAUAUACAGAUAUUCUGAAUUAUAA